AUGCAGGAUUGGGUUUUCGGGCGUGGCGAUGCACUGGUACAUGAACUUCAUGCCGCCGGAGAUCCAAGACACUCUCCACGAGAUGUUCCCGGAUCUCAUGCUACUGGGAACGGAGGCUUGCAACGGCAACCUUGGGAGCACCGGGUCUACCUCGGAAGUUGGGUGAACGGCGAGAAGUGCGCCCUUGAUAUCAUUCAGAACCUAUACCACUGGAUGGUAGGAUGGAUAGAUUGGAACAUGUCUCUGGACCUGCUCGGCGGACCGAAUUGGGGAGGGUUUUACGUGGAUUCACCGAUAGUCGGCAAUGCAACCGCCGGGGAAUAUUACAAAAAUCCUACCUAUUAUGCCAUUUUGGACAUUUUGGUCAACUGCCCGAUGGUACUGCUGUGCUCACCCCGGAAGGACACGUUGUCGUCGUCCUUCCCAACAGAUCUUUUGGAGAAGUCGGAGGAGGACGAGGGUUCAGAGUACGUGAGAGUCCAAGAUGCAUUCACUGCGUCUCGUCUGUCCUCAUGCAAGUAUGAGGAUGUCACGUGGGGCAGGCAGGAAACUGUGAAUCACAUGCGAAGAGCAGCCAUCCUUGCUGAUGCUUGCAAGGCGUGCGAGCUGAAAGCCCGUGGUUGGAAAUUCCUCGUCCUGAACAACGCAUUCAUGGUUCACGACGGAUUCAAAAUAACCACCAAGUUCGAUUUUGUCUGGAACAAGGAGAUCAGGAAGGACCUGGCGCUGACGGCAAUCAACCACCGCCUCUACCGAGCGGAGCUCAUAGCGAAGAUCUGGAGCCAAGCCAAGAAAUGCUCCUCACUCUACUACCGAUCACUGGAAGUCUUCCUUGUGCUCGCCAGGCAUUUAUCAGGAAUACGCGUCUUUCAAAAUGAGGAAACAAAGAAACCUCCAGCGUGCUUUCACAUGUGA